AUGCUUUUCAAGACUGCUCUCGUCUUCUCCGCUGCCCUGACUGCCGACGCUUUUGCUGUCGUCAGACGGGAUGCGAACGAUUGGGCCGCUCCUACCGCUGCUGACCGCCGCAGCCCAUGCCCUAUGGUUAACACUCUUGCCAACCACGGCUACCUCCCUCGCAACGGAUUGAACGUGUCUCUCGCAGACCUUAUCGCCGGUUUCACGGCAGCGGUUAACCUCGAUCCGGCCGCAACGACUCUCGUUGGACAGAAGGCGCUGCUGACCUCUACGACUGGCAACAACGCUACCUUCAACUUGGACGACCUGAACACCCACGGCAUCAUUGAACACGAUGGCAGCCUGAGCCGAAAUGACAUCUACUUUGGUGACAACCAUAGCUUCGAUGACGAAAUCUGGCAAUCUGUGGCGUCGUACUUCGUGAAUGCGACCAUUUCUAUUCCUACCGCAGCUGCAGCCAGAUCUGCACGUCUGCAAGCUGCCGCCGCUUCGAACCCCGAUUUUAGCCUGACUGCCGAUGGGGCUCAAUUCAGCUUCAUUGAGACUGCAUUGUAUCUUUCCAUUUUCGGUAAUUUAGACGAUGGAAACGCCAACACUGAAUGGGUCAAGGUCCUCUUCCAGGAGGAACGUCUUCCGUUCGCCGAAGGCUUCACUAGGUCUGAGACACCAGUCACUGCUGCUGGAAUUCUCGGAUUGGUUAGCAAGGUUGCGGCGGCAAGCUCAUAG